GGUGUGUUCUUAUAACAGUCAAGAUGCUUCUCUCUCUUCUUUCUCUAUUGUUGCUAUUGUUAAAUGGUACAGUACAGUCUAAUGAUUGUAGUACUGAAGGAUUUAUGGAACUAAGUUUACUGGAGGCUAAAACUGGCAGUACUAACAACAAUGGACAAACUACUGCAGGACUAGCAGAAUCAGUAGAAACAAGAUGGAUCAUCACUGAAGAAGAUAAGUGGUUCCAUUGUAGUAAAAAAAAUAGUAAACUGACUGAAGUAUUAGUUGGAGUUGACAUUAGAACUGUAACUGGUAAUAGGAACCAAUAUCCUAGAAUAGAGAUAUGGAGAGAAAAAGAAGGUGAUUAUAAAGACCCAGUAUGUGUUGAACUUAGACUAUCUCCACACAAUUUCACUACCAAUGGACUGUAUCAUUAUACACUACCUACUCCUUUAACUAUUAAGAAAAAGAAUAAGGAUUAUACACUAGGAGUAUAUCAACCUCCUGAUGACAGAAGUGUUGUUAGAUUUUAUAAAGUAACUGGUACUGGUCAAAUUGGAAGAAUAGAUGAUGAUGAUAUUGAUAAUAAUGAUGAAAUAGAAGAAGAUGACAUAUUAUCUGUGCCUUCAAGUAUGCUACUAAUACGUCCAACUAAGCUAAGUAGCAGUUGCAGUUAUCCUCCAAUUGACAGUUCAUUUAAUACAAACAGUCUAUCAGUUACUAAUGUAAUACCAGUCAGUGAUACAAGAGCUUUUCCUGAUAUACAGUUCACAUGUAAUG